AUGGAUGCCGUCGACGUCUCUGAGCACUACGAGGUCACCACCGCCGAAGAAACACCAUCCCUCCUCGCCAUCGUCCUAGACACCAACCCCCGCGCCUGGGCAGCGCUCGACGACGUCCUCCCCAUAUCAAAAGCCGUCGCCAACGUCCUCGUCUUCGUCAAUGCCCACUUGGCAUUCAGCAACGUCAACCAAGUCGCAGUCGUGGCCGCCCACGUGAACCGCGCCGUAUGGCUCUACCCAACGCCUCCGCAACCACCGCCCGCAGACGCCUCGGGCGACGUGCAAAUGUCCGACGUCCCCCCCGACCCCCCGCGGAGCUCGGCCAACAAAUACCCGCAGUUUGCGCAGAUCGAGACCGCCGUCCUCGGAUCCAUGCACAAGCUCAUGGCCCAAACGACGGAGCGAGAUCUCGAGGCGACCACCACGCAGCUAUCCGGCGCCCUGACCCUGGCGCUGUGCCACAUAAACAAGGCUUCCCAAGCACUCAGCGGCGCAUCCGGUAGCUUAGCAGAGCUGGCCCGGCCAAGUGCCGACGCCGCACCCCCCAUCAAGGGCCGCAUCUUGGUCCUGUCCGUGUCCGACUCGGAACCGUCCCAGUACAUACCCACCAUGAACGCCGUGUUCGCCGCCGCCCACGCCCAGGUAGCCAUCGACACGCUCUCCCUCUCGGGCGACCCUACAUUCCUGCAGCAGGCCUGUUUCAACACCAGCGGCACCUUUCUCGCCGCCGCAAACCCCAAGGGCCUGCUCACCUACCUCAUGUUUGGCCUGAUAGCAGACACGGAGGCCCGGCGGUCGCUCGUCACUCCAACCCACGACACGGUGGACUUCCGAGCUGCUUGUUUCUGCCACGGAAGAGUCGUCGACCGGGGCUUCGUAUGCUCCAUCUGUCUCAGCAUAUUCUGCGAGCCGCCCGAGAACGCCGAGUGCUUGACCUGCGGGACAAAGUUGGCGCUGGGCAACUACGGUGCCAAGCCGGCCGUCGUGCCUCGUAAAAAGAAGAGGAAGAAGAGGACCGUGAAUGGUGGCAGUGGGCGGGAGGAGACUGGCAGCGCCACCGGUACUCCUCUAAGGUAA